AUGCUGUCACCUGCUGCUCUCGGUGUUUUCGUCCUCGCAGCUUCCGAAGGCAUCGCCGCUGCCCAACCACAAUCUAUCGCCAUCCAGUCCCGUGUGACUCCGAAAGGCCACACGACUGGUCUCCGUCGCCGUGCGCUCCCGGCACUCGGAGUCCCGCUGGACAACUUCUUUUUGGGCACAGAUUUACAGUGGUUUGGGAACAUCUCCGUCGGUACGCCACCGCAGGACGUCAGCGUCGUGUUCGACACCGGCUCUUUCACCCUCGAGUUCGCGACGGACGAGUGCACGUCCUGUACCCAAGCCAACAAGUUCGUCCGCUCCCAGAGCUCUACAUUUGUCGCUGGAAACACGACCCGGAGGCUCAGUUUUGCCACUGGAGUGGGCGUCGAUCCAGUCGUGAACAACGACUACGUCCUCACCGUCAAGACGGCGACAGACAGCGUCACGAUUGGUAACAUCACCACUGAAAACCUGAGUCUCUUUACGAUCAUCGACCAGACCCCGAAGUUCAACAUCGACCCUUUCUUAGGAAUACAGGGCUUGGGAGCAUCUGCACAGGGCAUUUUUGCUGCCCUUGAGGAGCAAGGACUGCCAUCCCUGUUUAGCAUGUUUUUGACCCCGAACGCGGUCGGCAACGCAGAGCUUCUGCUCGGCGGAAUCAAUGAUACUCAGUUCGACGGGGACCUCGUCUUCACUUCCGUCGAGGAUGCCAGCCACUGGCAAACGAUUGCCUCCGGAAUCUUUAUCAACAACCAAACGACCUCCCUCCUCCAGACGCCUCUCACCGUCAUCUUCGACUCGGGCACGUCAAACAUCGUCUUCGACGACGAUAUCGUUGACGCCAUGAACGCCCUCAUCUCCCCGUCGAUCCGGCCCUUCUCCGCCGAGCCCGGCGCGUUUGGCCUUCCCUGCGACGAGAUCGACAGUCUCCCGGCGGUGAUCGACAUGACGUUCACCGCGCAAGACGGCACUCCGUUCAACCUGACAAUCCCCAGCUCCGAGCUGAACGUCGGACCGUUCGAGAGCGACCCGUCUACGUGCCAGACACUCAUCAACUCCUUUCCGGGCCUGAAUGUCGUUGGCGGCUCGGUCUUGAAGCACUACUACUCGGUGUGGGACAUUGGAAACCAGCGCCUGGGAUUUGCGCCGAACGGUGAGUAA